GUGGAGAGCUGGAACUGCGCGUUUCAAUGGCAUUUCGCCAUUGUCCAUUAAGUUACGAAAAUUUCCAAAGACGUCACCAUAAAAACGCCAACAUUCCUUUUAUGACGUCAACAAUGCUAUGACGUUUUAAUAUGCUUAUUGAUGUCGAAGCGAUACUACGUACAUUCUUUUGAAUAUUUUAAAAACUACAUUUAUAAGCAUAUUUAUUUUAAACGUCUACUACUAUUACUACCUAAUAACGUCAUCUAACUCUUGUGCUAUUCAGUACUUAGCCAUUUAUUUUCUGCCAAUGUUGAGUGCAUAUACCAAUAGAGGCCACGUUGACAGGAUCUGGACAAUAACAAGUGAAAGUGGCUCUGUUAAUAAUAGAUACGGGUAUUGUGAGAAUAUUAAUAUCGCGUAAGGGGUUUUCUGUAUUUCCAUAGCCUAAGUGGACAGUAUCGAGGGCUGCAACACGGUAUUGCCCUGUACCUGUGAUGUGUUCGUGUAUGCUGGUCAACCACGCGUGACCACAUCAGUGCAGUCAGUGUGAGCUCUUUUGGUAGCCAUAGCUACAAUACAAACACCCAAGCUAUCUUUAAACUUUGACCCUUGUCUCUUUCUCUCCCAUUGGAUAAUUAACACUCACCUGUAUCUGCAUGCUUUCUUUGGACUGACCAGACAGGACAGAAUUAUUUAGCAUUUGGAGAAACAAGUUCAGAUAAGAGAGAAAUAGUAGAAGUUUAAUUUAAAGGUUAGUAUUAAUUUGUUAUAGAAGAUAAACUUAAAUAAUAAUAGUAAAUGCCUAAUUUUCUAUUCCUGGUAAUGAUUAAUGAAUAAUUUAACAUAUAAUAUUUAAUAAUAAAUCUGCCUUUUAAUUAUUAUGGAUUACAGGGCGUGACAUAAUGAAUGUCAGCCAUCUUUAUUUUCUGCUGUCAAAACUAUAUAUUUUAUGAUUUAAGUGAAGUUUCUGUUUUAGUUGUUAGCUGAUCUGAUUUAAUAAUUUAGCUACGUUUAAUCAAUUGUUUUUAUGACGAACUACACCAAAACAUUGGUUUUGGAAUGAAUUAGUUUAAAUGUUUUAUUUCUGAAUGUAUAAUAGAUAUAUGGAAACCAUAUACUAAACAAUUGAUAUUAUGAAUUUAUUUUUAUGCAGGUUUCCCCAGUUGUUAUGGAAUAUAUCAACACAAUGCCUACGUGUAAUUCAUAUGUCUGUCUCUCUGCCAGUGGGACGGGAUAUAGCUUAGGGAAGGAUCCAUCAAUGAACUAGACUGUGUUUCCCCUUGCAUCAAGUUUCUCACGACUGACAUAUCCUGUGGGAUGUGCUUUUCUGUCUAUGGGAAAGACGAUGCUCUAGUCGAAUGGAGGGAAUUACUCAUAUCUGUUUCUGGGAUGCUUCUAAAACAUUCGGAAGAAUUCCAAGCCAACCUAUCAACGUCAAUGGCGACUGCCAUUAGCAGCACGUUGUUUGGGUUAUCGAUAAAGAGCGUUUUUGACAGCUGGACUGCUUUACAGGUUGUGCAUACUUGUGGAUCUCAGUUCGCUUUUAUUUUUUGUAACAAUGUGACAAUUGUCAACUGGACUGACUGUCAACUUGCUGUCAACCAAGGGUUUGGAGGCAGUGAUAGUCGAGCUAAGGCAGACUGGCUUGUUUUUGCCACCGAGACCUGGUUUACGGAGAAUGAAAAUAUUGAGUCUUACGAAGUAGAAGAUUUUCUGGAGCAAGUUCUGAACAAUGAGUUUGACUUGCUUAUUGAUGAUGGCAGCUUGCAAGAGGUGGCGUCCAAGAUCUGCACAUAUUACGCAUUGUGUCAGCAAGGCAGAGACUCGGACGUGAGGCAGCGCAUUAGUAAAGAGCCAAAACCAGCCAUUGAUGAGUGCAAGGAAAGUCAAGAGGAUGAUAGUUUGGACUCAAGUUGCUCGUUGGUUGGUGAAUCAGCAACAGCAGUGACAAGUGUGACAGAUGGCGAUUCAGAGAAGACUUCUUUGCCGAAUAAUGCUUCAUCAAAUGAUAGUGAUAUGGAAGUAGAAGAAGGCUGGGAAGUGGUUAAACGCAGCAAGAAAAGAUAGCACUGAUGGAAAUGGAAGAACAUUGUUGGCAAUGUGUGGUCAGAACUAUUAAGGUGUGGAUCCACUGUGUGCAUCACACUCGCUUCCCCUCAAACUCAAAAGUGCCCCCAAAACCCAGUUUUUAUUUUUUAUUUCAUUUUACUUGGGUUUUUUAUUAUUUUAUUUAAAAAAAAUAUUUAUUAGGAUGCAGUAUUUUGGUAGAUUGGGUUUCCUGGGAGAAGACUGCCAUUCAUGCCCUAACUUUUGUUAGUGUAUGUUGGUGUAUCCCUGCCUAGAACAUCAAGCAUUAAGUCCUGCUUAUGGAUGUGGAAGAACAUGGUUAGGAAUGUAUGGUCAGAACAUGGUUGGGAAUGUGUGGUCAGAACAAAUGGAACAUUUAGUACUUCAUGGUCCGUUUUGAAAUUUCUGUAAUUUAUUUACUACCAAUAUGUGAACAAUAAACCAAGUUCAAAGGUGUGAAAAGCAAAGUACUAAUAAAUAAAAAGAAAGCACAGUUUGUUAAAUCAGAGAACAAUCAUCAAUGUGGCUUGUAACUUCUCGUCCACAAAAUCAGUUCCAAAUAUUUUGUAAUAAAAUUAAUAUUUAAUGUAUUAACCUGUCACUGUGUGGCACAUUAUAUUUAAUAUACAUGGCAAUAGGGUGUCAAGUCCCAUGUCAGAGAUUUGAAGAAUGCUAUAAUACUACCAAUCGGUUGCUUUUAGUCCAUAUAUAUUUGACAGUGCACGUUAUAAUAUACGCGCUCCCAAGUUUGUGCAAGUGGACGAAGUUGAGACAGGGGAGAGAACUCUGUAGAAACUUUGACUCUCCCAGUAAGCAGUUUCCAACCUGCAGACCAGUACCACCUCAACAUGUGUCUAUCCAAACUGGUGAACUAGCAUCCUGUCGCUGUGGGAUUGUGGUAGAGCCUGGAAGGUUGUGGGCUCGCAUCCUGGUACCCACUUCAAAGCAGACUCAAGUGUAAAUACCUGCUCCUACGCAGAGAAAGAAUUAUAGCGGCUCAACUAGAGACAUUACGUCAGAGAUUCCAUGAAGCCUGUUGGUAAAAUGCGGAGCAGAGCAGAUAAUUUUAACGUACUCGUAUGUUUCGAGCAUGUCUAUCCCGGGUCCUAUCUCUGGAUAGCCAGGGACUUGACCCGGGACAGAUGGUAAAAUGCAAAGUUUUCUGUAAGUGAAUUAAAAUGAAAAGGUUUCCACCACCACAGCAUGGCAUUAAAAAGACAUAUAAAAGAUCCCUUGCUGCUAAUCGAAAAGAAUAGCCCAUGAAGUGGUGACAGCGGGUUUCCUCUCAAUACUUGUAUGGUCCUUAACCAUACGUCUGACGCCAUAUAAAAUGUGUUGAGU